CCCUGUUCCCACGAGGCGUCUCUAGCUCUGUUAGUGUAUCGGGUUCGCUCGCGGUGGGCCGCGCGCUCCACGGGCCACAGUUCGCUCCCGGCCGCGCAGCACUCGCCCCGCUCUACCCGCCGCACCGCCGCCGCACCGCUGCCGCGUGCUGGCUCCAGUCAAAGCAUUCAGUGAACAAAGUAUGGACUUGACGUGUUCAUGCGUGACCAGAGUGACCUACCUCGCGUGCUGUAAACAUAUUCUAGUGGCAGAAGUUCAGAAGUAAUUGGAAAUUAAAAUGAAUGGACAUUCUGAUGCUUCUACAUCCACGGAUGACGUGAAGAGUCGCCCGCUGUGCCUGUUCUACUUCACACACCCGUUCGGCGUGCUGUCUCCGGAGCCUCCCUGCGUGACGGCGGCGCCUCCUCACGUCACACGCGCCUUCCUCAACAUGCAGCCAGUGUCGCCCUUCGACUUGUGGUCGUCGACCUCCGACCCCUCGUACAACACCGACACCAGUGACAGCUCGAGGCCUGCAUAUGACCUCGGCAACGUGACCGUCCACAAGAGUCCCGUCAACCUCAUCAGUCUCAGUAAGGCUCAACACUCAGUCGACUUCGCGCGGCCCGACUCCAUCUCGUCGUCCUUGUUCUCGAGCGACAUCUGGUUCAACUCCGGCUCCACCUCGCGAAGCAACGAGUGUUCCCGCCGGGUGAUACCGUACAACAGGAUCCUGCCUCCGCUGCAGAUGACGCGGACCAUCUCCGACUUGCGCAGUCCCGAGGAGCUCUGGCCAAAAAAAUGUUUGAAUCCGGAGAAGUUUUCGUUACCGCCGAUAGAGUUACCAGCGUUGCGCGAGGAAACGCCGGCAGUCGAGGAGACCUUGCCUGUGAGCGACGGGAGGAAGACGCGGAUCCGCCGCCGGGAGGGCGUCGUCAAGGUCAGGUGCCGGCGGCGGGUCGGUGACGCGAGGAGAGUGCUCGUUUGCCUCAUGCGAAGAGUUAUCCGAGGUCUGGCGUCGUGGAUGGGCUGCUCGUUGUCGAGUUGUCCCGUGGUGCAGCAGUGCUGUGGCUGCGUGCCCCUGCGCGCCGGAGUCGUCAUGGUUGCGCUCGCUGGCGCGCUGUGGGCGGCAGUGUUCAUCUUCUUGUUCACAGCGACCGGCAACAGUUGGUUGCUGAGUGUCGGCCUUCCUAAAUCGUUGGAAAAUGUCCGUUUUGUGCAUGGCGCGCUGGGAGUUGUGGUUUGUUUGUUCCACGUGUUGCUGCUGGCGGGCGCGGCGUGCGAGAGCGCGGCCCUGUGCGAGCUGUACGUGUGGUCCGCGGUCCCCUGCGGAGCGACCCUGCUCGCGUGCGGCUGCUGCCUCAGUGUCUCCGCGGCGCUGGGCUCCGCGCCACUCUUCGCGACGCUCUGCACGGGCUUCACCUUGUUCUACAUCGUGCUCACUCUGUACUUUGUUGUUGUAGUCGCUAAUUAUAGAUUGACGAUUCCUUAUUUUUUAUUUUCGUAA